CACUGGAGGGGGAGAGCGGCGCCUGCGCAGUGUGUGUGGUGUUGGGGGGAGUGUCACGUGUGGAGGAAGAGGUCGGAGGAGCGGCCGCGAUGAUCAUCCCGGUCAGAUGCUUCACCUGCGGGAAGGUGGUGGGCAACAAAUGGGAGGCCUACCUGGGGCUGCUGCAGGCCGAGUACACGGAGGGCGAUGCGCUGGACGCACUGGGGCUGAAGCGUUACUGCUGCCGUCGCAUGUUACUGUCUCACGUGGACCUGAUCGAGAAGCUUCUGAACUACGCCCCCCUGGAGAAAUGAGGCCCUCGAGCGAGUCCUCGUGGCUCGGCGCAGAACCUCGGCUCGUGCGUGUGCAGUGAACAUUGAUGACCUUGUCGUGUAACAUUUAGGGUGUGAACCCCCUCUUUCCUCUCUCUCCUCCCCCCACCCCCCCCCCGGCUCUAUCAUUCGGAAGUUCCCCCACCCCCCACACACACCCCAAAUAAAUAAGUCGACUUAUUUAUUCA